UAAAAAAAAUAGAAAAAUAAAAAUAAUUGUUUUGAUGAUUAUUCAUUUGUGUUUUGCAAGCAUCGGUUGACAAUAGACAAGACAAUUUGCACACCUGUGAUUGCUGUCUCUUUUUCUCUAUCAAGAUUGAGUUGAUAAUUUUUUAAUUUUAUUAUUGUUGUUUAUUUAUUUAUUUAUAGUUUAAAAAAAUAUUAUUAAUGUGGCUUUUUAAUAUAGCUAAAAUGACGUAGAUUAAAAAUCCUAGCUCAUUGAAUUUUAAAAUGAUGAUUUUUUUUGGAUAAAUAUCUUCGAUAAGAUAUUAAUUUUUCAUUUGUGAUUUUUUAUUCUUUUUUAAAUUUUAUAAAUGAGUAUUUUAUUGUGGCGACAGAGACGUAGUCUCAUCAUCAAUCCAUCAACAUUAAAAAGGGAAGAUGAAGAGUGGAGUGAUUCGGAAAAGGCACCCUCGGUGAGUAGUGGUAUAGAUGGUGGUGGUUCUGGUUUAUCAAGUCCUGGAAUAAUUGUUAAUCCAGAUGAAGAAUCACAACAACAACAACACCACCAACAACAACAACACCAACCACCAUCAUCAUCAUUACUACUACCAAGAUUAAAUACAAUACAACAAGGAUUAUUUGGUUCAACAAAUCCCGAAGAUUUUCGUUUAAGACUGAGUGGUUUACCCGAAGACACGAGAAAAAAACUCAAUACUUUAGCCGAAGAUUAUGAGGCUAUGUAUCAAAUAACAAAAGAACUAAGACAAAAUAUAAAACUAAGUCCAAAAUCAUUACGACUAGAUAGAGGUGAAAGAUUUGAAAGUGAUCAUGACAGUCCACCACCACCACCAACAACAAUAAUAAAAUCAUCAUCUUCAUCAUCAUCAAAAGAUGAUUCAAAAUUAUUAAUAAAUAAUAAUAAACGUAAUAUACGUAGGGAUUCAGAUGAAUCACAUCGUUCUGAUAAUCCAACACCAGAACCAAAAAAAUUACGUCUUGAUGAUGAUAAUAUAACAACGACAACGACAACAACAACAAUAGCAACAACAAUAGCAACAUCAACAUCAACAAUACAAACACAACCACGUUUACGUUUAAAUACUAGUCUUGCAACAGAUCCAGCAUUGAGACCUGCAACAGUUGCUGCAUUAACAAUAAAACAAGAUAAUAUUAUAUCACCAAAUAAAACACCACCAUUAUCAAGUUGUUUACAAAAUGCAAUAGCAAGUGGACGUUUAUUUGUCAUACCAUCUGAUGGAAAAGAAUCAAUAAAUAUUGAACAAACAAGACACAUGCCACUUGAAUGUCCACCAUGUGGUAUACGUUUUUCAUCAGCAAGUACAUUAGAAGCACAUCGUACAUUUUAUUGUGCACAUAGACCAAAAAAUGAUGAUGAAAGUACAAAUGAUGAUGAUGAUGAUAAUAAAAUUAAUAAAUAUGAUAGUAAAAAAGCAUAUGCAUGUCCACAUUGUUCAUAUAGUGCUGAUAAAAAAGUAUCAUUAAAUCGUCAUAUGAGAAUGCAUGCAUCAUCACCAGCAACACCAUCACAACAUCAACAGCAACAAUUAGCUAAUCAAAUUAAUUCAUCAACAUCGUCAUUGUCACCACCAACAACAGCAGCAGCAACAGCAGUAUCAAUGACAACAACAGCAGCAACAACAUCACCAACGACAACAACAACAUCUUCAUCAUCAUCAUCGUCAUCGUCAUCAUCACAAUUAAAUAAUAAUGGACCAACAAAUGGUACAUCAUCAAUUGGUGAAGAAGCUGAACGUUAUUGUCGUAAUUGUGAUAUUAAAUUCAGUUCAUUAAAAACAUAUCGUGCACAUAAAAUACAUUAUUGUAGUACAAGGCAUGUUGUUAAAGAUAAUAUAACAACAACAACAACAGGCGGAGGAGGUGCAAUAACAACAACUACAACAACAACAUCAUUAUCAUUACAAGCAUUAUCAAAAUCACCAAUAAAUACAAGUCCUGGUAAUUCACCACCACCACAACCAUGUCUUGCAUUACCAACAAAUCCAAUAUUAAUUGUACCAUGUUCAUUAUUACGUGGUGCAAGUGUACUAGCAGCACCAUCAUUACCAAGUCCUGAUACUGCUUGUUUUUUAUUACCAAAUGGUUCAUUACAACCAAUGACUAGAGCUUUAACUGGUAAUUGUAAUAACAACAAUAACAAUAGCAAUAAUAAUAGUAAUAAUAAUAAUAAUACAACAACAACAAUUGAUACAUUAUCAACGCAUGUAUUAAGAGUUGCAAAUAAAUCAUCAACAUUAAAUCAAACUGUAAUACCAUUAUCAACAUCACCAUCAUCAUUGGCUUCAUUAACACCACUUGAUUUGAGUAUGAGAAGAUCACCAAUAAUAUAUCCAGAUGAAAAAGAAAAUAGAGUAUCACCAGUACCACCAGGUAGUCCAAGAAGUCGUGGUAGUGCUAGUCCAAGAACAAGAAAUUUAUCAUUAAAUCAAACAAUUAUUGGAAAUAAUAAUAAUAGUGGUAAUGGUAGUGGUAAUGGUAGUGGAACAAAUACACCUUCAUUAUCAACAAAUGAACUUGCAUUAAGACUUGGUGAAUUACCACCACCAUCACUACCACCACCAUCAUCAUCACAAACAACAACAACAACAACAACAACAACAAAUGUACCUGGUGUACUUGUUAAACAAGGUGUAUCAAGAUGUAAAGAAUGUAAUAUUGUAUUUUGUCGUCAUGAAAAUUUUAUUGCACAUAAAAAACAUUAUUGUCAAGCUAGAGAAAAUACAACAAGUCCACCAACAUCUGAUACACCAUCACCACCACUUGUACAACUUAUUUGUGCAGCAUGUGGUAUUAAAUUUGCAGCAAUGGAUAAUUUAGUUGCACAUCAAGCAUUUUAUUGUACAAAAAGAACUGAAACACAAGAUCAUCAUUCACGAUGUUCAAAGUGUAAAGCAAUAUUUGAAACUGGUACAUCACACACGUGUACAACUGGUCCAACAGGUGGUUGGCGAUGUCCAGUUUGUGGUGCAGUUAGUCCAACAGCUGGUGCUGCACAACGUCAUAUGGAUGCACAUCAAGGUGUCAAAGCAUUUAGAUGUGCAAUAUGUAGUUACAAGGGUAAUACACUACGUGGUAUGAGAACACAUAUUAGAAUGCAUUUUGAAAAACGUGGUGCUGAUUUUCAGGAAGAGUGUUAUAUUAAUUGUGUACUAGAAGAUGAUACAACAGUGCCAACAAUUGAACCAGUACCACCAAUAAUAUCUGAUGAUAUUAUUGAAUUACCACAAAUUAAUGGAAAAAUUGAUAAUCAAAAAAGUCCACAGUCUCUUCCUCCUCUUCCUCCACCUCCACCGCCACCACCUCCAAUACAACAAACAAAUUCAACAACAAUAAAUGUUUGUAAAAUUAAACAAGAACGUGAAGACACACCACCACCACCACCAACACCACAACAACCACCAUCACCAUCAUCAUUAUCACCACUAGAAGAAAAAAUUGAUUUAACAAAACCAGGCCCAAGACAUUGUCGUUCUUGUGAUAUAACAUUUAAUUUUCUCAGUACAUUUAUUGCACAUAAAAAAUUUUAUUGUUCAAGUCAUGCUGGUGAAGCAAGUAAUAAUAAUAAUAACAACAAUAACAAUAAUAAUAAUAAUAAUUCAAAUAGCCAUACAACAAGUCCAACAAGUGGCAGAACCGAGGCUUCCGUACUAUAAAUUAUUAUUAUUUAUUUAUUUAUAAUUUUUUUAUAUAAAAAAAUAAAUUGAAAUAUAUAUAUUUUUGUUAUUUAAAAAAUUAAUAACAAUUUCGUAAUAAUUUAAUUGAAUGAAAAACAAUAAUAUUGUGAAAAAAUUCAUUUUUUUUUUUGUUGACGGGAAAUUUUUUUUUUUUUUUUUUUAUUUAUCAAGUUGAACUUAUGAGGUUUAUUUUUACACUGUAAAUAUAAUUUUUUUUUUUUUUGUUUUCUAAAUGGCAAUAAUAAUUUUGUAUAUAAAUAAAUAAAUUUAUGAUAAUGCAUUGAAUGCGUUAAUUUAAAAAAAAAAAUAAAAAAAAAACAUGAUGGAUGUGCAAUCUCAUGACUCUGAUUAAUCUCAUGAUAAUUAA